CCCAAUUUCAAUUCACCUUCCGCCGGAAUUCUUCGCUGGCAAAACUCGCCGUUCCCCUCGAUCCGUCGAACUCCCUGCGAAUCUCCUUCUCCUUCUUCGUCUCUCCGGUCGCCGGAACCCUAAACAGCGGCGAUGCUUCAGCACCAAAUCUCGCAUUCGCCGGCGAGGCUCGGCCUCACGAACCCCACCAGCUCCAGCUCGCCGUCCCUCUCGAACCCCAACCCCGCCAAAUUCGCCGCCGCGGUGGCCGCCGCCGCCCACCAGCAGCCGCACCACCACCCCAACCCCCCCGCCUCCUCCUCCGCCGCCGCAGCCGCCGCCGCCGCCACCGUCCCGGCCACCUCCUCCACCCUCCUGUCCCUCCUCCCGCCCCUCCCGCGGGCCCAAUCGCUCCUCCUCCAGAUGUCCGCCCUCGCCUCGAAGCUCUUCGACGUCUCCCCCAACCGCGCCCUCUGGCUCUCCUCCUUCCGCGGCUCCCUCCCUUCCUUCCUCUCCGCCCAAUCGCCGCCGCCGCCGCCCGCACAAUCGCACGGCGCCGCCCUCCCCGAGCCGCCGCCCUCCUCGACGAAGGAGAUCCUCGCCCUCUUCACCUCCCUCCAGACGCAGCUCUUCAAGGCCGUCGCGGAGCUCCAGGAGAUCCUCGACCUCCAGGACGCCAGGCAGAAGCUCACCCGCGAGAUCCGGUCCAACGACUCCGCCCUCCUCUCCUUCGCCAACCGCCUCAAGGACGCGGAGCACGUCCUCGACGUCCUGGUCGAUGAUUACGCCGACUAUCGCCGCCCGAAGCGGUCGAGAUCCGCCUCCGCCGCCGCGGAGGACGAUGGGGACGAUGAUCUCGGCGGCGGCUCGACCACCACGGUCGCCUCGCGGCUGAAUCUGUCCAACAUCGUGUCCUACGCGCAUAGGAUCAGCUAUACCACGUUCGCGCCGCCAGAUUUCGGCGCGGGACAGGCUCCCCUUCGAGGAGCCCUGCCGCCGGCUCCCCAGGACGAGCAAAUGCGCAUCUCGCAGCUGUACAAUGUGGAGGAUAUCCAGCUGCCGAAAUCAGCCGUCCAGGAUGAUCACAAGGAGAGUAUAUCGAUGGUCGAGCCAGCAAACCCGGAUGUGCCGGCAAUUCCAGGGUUACCAACGAACAUCGUUAUCCCGUCGGGCUGGAAACCGGGGAUGCCGGUGGAAUUGCCGACCGACUUGCCUGUUCCACCACCUGGAUGGAAACCGGGCGAUCCGAUCGCAUUGCCCCCGAUGGACACCCUUCCUGUUCGCAGGCCCGAGGAGCCACAAUUGCAACCGGUCGGUCCCCCAGGAUUGCAUAAGGAGCCUGAGACAAUACAGGUCCGGCAUGUCGACCUCGAACUCCCCGAUAAUUUCGAUGACAGCAGUGACUACAGCAGCGACGAUGCGAGCUCUGAAGACGACGAGUGAACUGAUGUGGAUGGGCCUUUGUAAUCGAUGGGCAUUUUAGAACUAGUCUUGAGUGCUCCUUGUAUGAACCUGAUCAUUUAUAUAGUAGGGUGUUCCUUUCUUACUGAUAAUUCUUUCAGAGGUUCGGAUGAUGCUACUCGAGAAUAUUUCGUCUCAAAUCUCGAAACUUUGAACGAUCGAUUACAGGAUCGGAUCAGGAUCAGAAAUACAUUGAGUAGUUCAAGAUACUGGCAAGCUAUAGCUUCUGUUGCUGAUUUUUGUGCCGUGGUUUACAAGCUGCAAGCUGCAUAAGUUGGGUUAUUGCUCUCUGCUUGUGAUCUCUUGAAAUGUCUGAAUUUGGAUAUGAAAGCUCCUAUUGAA